GGCCUGCGUCUUUUGGCGAAGGAGUUGCCUCACCAGUUAUUUGAGCAUGUCCUCCGAGAGGCAUUAUUUUUGGAGCGGUGCGACAGAUACACAUCCUAGAGAUCCAAGAUUAUCACCCAAAUAUAAAAUCCCAAGAGGCACGGACACAAAAAUUGGAUUGCGUUACUACAAAAUAUCUGGACGAAGCUGGAUCAAUGCUCCAGAUGCCACUGUUUUUAAUGUUCCAAAGCUCAUAGCUCGUGCACUAAUUUUAGUUACUCUCUCUGAUGUCAAGAAAUCAUCUGAAAGGGGUUUUUAUAUGGAUUACAUGGCCAAGCAACUAUCAAAAAUUGGUGUCCCAGGACAUGAGCAGCUGGAUGUUCUUGAAAAAAUAUUUGAUAUGAUUGAUGUCACCCACCCUGGGAGGCAUAUUAUUGUGUUCUUAGCAGAUGUGACCGUCCAACUCUUAGACAAUGAGAGUAAUGUUGGUGAAGGAGAUGUGACUCUACCGUUUUGGAUCAAUGGAGGACUUACUGAUAAUCAGCAAAAUAUGCUUCUAAGGCUUAUGAUGGAUUUCAGGAGUGGUGUCUCCAAGGGUACUCCUGCAACUUUAUCAUCCGUUCAGGACUUGGAGAAAGUGAGACUUGAUAGUUUGGAAGCUGCAGUUAGACAGAUGGAAUGUGCUAUUUGUAUAGAGGGCCUUGAUCACUUUUAUGCUGCAGAAGAAGGGAAUGAUCAUCAUAUGAUAGCUCGCUUGCCCUGUUCACAUAUGUAUCAUGAAGAUUGCAUUGUCCCAUGGCUCGAGAAUAAUCAAAGGUGUCCCUUGUGCCGAUGCACAGUUGUGAAAUUGCACAAGGCAUCAAAACCCCUAAUGAGGCUGCAUUGGCCCAUGCUCAUGUUGUCUGCGGUUGGUUUGCUGACUGCUACACUGAUUCCCAGAUUGUUUAACUGCAGGUCAAGGAUGAAAAUAUCACCAAAUCGUGUGUCAGUCAGUGCUAGCCGUGUAUUUGGCUGGUAAAUUAGUCUUCAGAACAUUUGCAUUUUCAGUAGAUGAGUGCAGACUGAAUUUAACUUAUUUGGUGCGUGUGUUUGUGUUUCUUACAACUUUAAGUGUCCGGCAACUAACUGAAAUUAAUCCGAAUGAACUUAUUGUUGAAGUUUUAAUGGAUCCUCUGAGAAUAUCUCUCUUGUACAAUCUAAGAAGGAUCCUUUUUGUUUGUUAGUUUCUUCAAUUUCCACCAACAGUCUCUUCUUUAUGAAUC